GGAGGCGAUUGCCUUUCCUCCAUGUUUUGACUAUUGUGGGAUUCCCCCAAAAACAACAACGCGUGCAACUUUUUCUCUCCAAAUAUUUUGGCGGGUUUUCACCAUUUCCAUCGACUAAAAGUAAAAUAUUCACAUCACGUCAGCACUCUGAGGGGAAUAGCAGUAUUCCUCCUCCUUCAUUCUCAUCAAGAUGGAGGAAUCAUCUUUGCCUCUGUCUCUGAGCCCGACGUUCCAGAUGAGCCAGAAAUCCUUCCAGCAGUUGUGGGAGAGUGUGGAAACGCCGUCCAUUUCCAGCAUUCCCACUGAGGACAACCCCUCUGCCUUCACGUGGAAGACUGAACCGGACAUCCAGUUAACGCAGCUUCUCGAUGACGGAGCCCUCACUGACAAUUUUGAUGAAAACCUCUUCGAUGUGGUCCCUGAGAUGGUGGUGCCGCCGGCAGCGGCACCCUCCACCGGCCCCACCGUCCCGGUCACCACCGACUGUCCCGGAGAUUACGGCUUCCAGCUUCGUUUCCAGAAGUCGGGCACUGCCAAGUCGGUCACUUCCACAUUUUCCGAGAUGCUGAACAAGCUGUACUGCCAGCUGGCCAAGACCACCCCCGUGGAGGUGCUGGUAACCAAGGAGCCUCCAGCGGGGGCCAUCCUCAGGGCUACGGCCGUCUACAAGAAGACGGAGCAUGUGGCCGACGUGGUCCGCAGAUGUCCCCACCACCAGAACCAGGAUGCAACAGAGCAUAGCAGCCAUUUGAUUCGAGUGGAAGGCAGCCAGAGGGCUCUGUAUUUUGAGGACGCCCACACCAAGAGACACAGCGUAACCGUCCCCUAUGAACAACCCCAGCUGGGGUCCGAGAUGACCACUAUCCUGCUGAGCUUCAUGUGCAACAGCUCCUGCAUGGGGGGCAUGAACCGUAGACCCAUCCUUACCAUCCUGACCCUGGAGACCCCUGAUGGGUUUGUUUUGGGCCGGAGGUGCUUUGAGGUGCGUGUUUGUGCGUGUCCUGGCCGGGACCGCAAAACUGAAGAGGAGAAUGCCGCCAAGAUGGAGAACGGGACCAAAGAAACCAAAAAACGAAAGAGUGCCUCAGGCCCCGCUGCCCCCGCCACCACUGUCGCCCCCCUGAAGAAGCCCAGGGCUGCCUCCAGUGCCGACGAGGAGGACAAAGAAAUAUAUCACCUUGAAAUUCGUGGACGCGAGCGUUACGAAUUUUUGAAGAAAGUCAACGAUGGCCUGGAGCUGUUGGACAAGCAAGGCAAAUCCAAGUCACCUGUGGCGGUGAAAACUGAAGUCCCACUGCCUUCCACCGGGAAACGCCUCUUGCUGAAAGAACCACGUAGUGACACAGAGUAACAAAAUAACCGAUGGGCUAAAUUCAUCACUCAAAAAAAGCUAAAAAAAAAUUAUAACUGUUAUUUUUGAUAUUUUUGUUUUUCGUCGACCAAAUCAUGUGUUAAAUCAAAUGUACAUUCCUUUUUUAACUGCAUGAGUGGAUUUUUUUUAGUAUAGUUUAGUUUAGUAUAGUUUCCCAUUAACACAGUGAAAUAUUGAUGUACUACGUGCACUCGGCUUUUUAACAGCUUUUCAUGAUUUUGUAUAAGGACGUGACAUCUACACAAUAAAAAAUGGUCUUUUGUUAUUAUACUGUUUAUUUUCUUGAAUGCCAUUGGGAGGUGAAGAGACACGUGUAAAACUCAUUAAGACG